AUGGAUACAAGUACAAAUUUAACUACAUCAAAAGAUGAAUCCGAAUCCAUCAUCGUGAUAAAUGAUGAUGCUAAUGGACCACCUUUUAUCAAAGAAUUUUUUUCAAAAUUGAGCACUAAUAUUGAAAAAAAUCGAUGGACAGGCAGUUGCAAUGUUUGCUCAUUAUCAAUUACAUCUAACAUUUUAAAGCGCGUAAAAAUUAAACAUCGGUUAAUAUUUGAUAAAUGGAAAAGUAAACAAGACCAGGUAGUGCAAGAAACAAAUCAACCGAAGACUACAAUUGCUCAUAAUCGAGAUAACGAAAAAUUCGACAAUCUAUCAUUCAAACAUUUUAUGUUAGACGUUGAUCCAAAAUACAAUAUGAUUAAUAGACGUGAUAUUACACGUAAUUUUCUUCCUGUUAUGUAUAAAUCAUGUAUCAAGAAGCUACAGGAAGUUUGUAAUCGAUCCAACUAUAUUGGUCUUACUCUUGACGCAUGGAGUGAUCGUAGAAUGCGAAGUUAUUUUGGUGUAACUCUUCAUGCAAUUGUUGACGAUCACUAUAAAACUUAUCUUCUUUCAUUUGAACGUCUAACAGGUAAACAUUCCGGUGAAAAACUAGCUGCCGAAUUCGAUCGAGUUACACAACUGUACAACUUAAAAGACAAACUUGUUCGAAUUAUUACUGAUAAUGCAAGUAAUAAUCAAGCUACUUUUAAUCAUCUCCUAUUACCCGGCUUUGAUGAAUAUUUUGAUGAUUCAAUUGAUGAUCAAUCGGAACUUGAAACAAGUGACGAUGAUACUGAUAGUGAUGAAUGCGACAAGAAUCAAUUGGAAAUAGAAGAAGUAAAUGAUGAUAUAUAUGGACCAACACGUAAUGCACCAACAGAUCAAGAAUUUUUACGAUUACCAUGCUUUAUUCAUUCUCUUCAACUGGUGGUACAUGAUGGUAUUAAGGCUGCUAGUGGUGCUUUAUCAUCUCUUAAAAAGGUAGCUGAUCUUGCUAAACUUGCACACACAAGUACUUCAUUUGCUGAACGAUUGAGGGACAUCAUUAUAGUAUUCCUCGAGCUAAUUAUUCUUAAUACGAAAGACAGAAAAACUUUAGAAGAUUUUGUUUCUCUAUUUGAACUUUUUAAUGAAGCUACCGUUUUGACACAAGGUGAAUGCUAUGCUACGAUUAGUCUUGCUGCUCCUACAAUUCUUGGUAUUCUUAUUGAUCUUGAACAUGAGCGCGCUGCUUCAGAUUUAUCUCUUGUAUCUUUAUGUGAAGCACUUAUUUCGUCCAUUAAAGCUCGUUUUAAUGGACUUCUUCGCCAUUUCGAAAUUGAUGUGCCAUUUGCUUCUUAUUCUAUGUCUGAACGCUUUUCUGAUCCUAUUUUUCUUGUUACCCCAAUUCUAGAUGCACGUUUUAAGUUUUUAUGGCUGGAUAGUCUUCAAGGUACGAUAGAACGUAUAGUUUUACAUACAUUAUGUACAUUUCUAGCUGAUUCAAUGAUUCAACGGUCUCAACUGGAGGCAAAAAGUUGA